UCUUUUCGACUGAAGAAAGAAAGACAUGAACAUCUUGGAUGACAUGGGCGUGGGUAAAUCAUCAGGAAAAGUUUAUUCAAAAGUGGACUAAUCCUUUAAGCUUUGUGGUUUCAAAUUUAUUGGACAGAAAUGAGCACCUCUUUAGCAACCUGUUACAAGGAGAUGAGCCGUCUUUGACACUGCAUUUUAAAGGACCUGGUUUAAAAGUGUAAUAGAAGUCACUGCUUGCUUUAAUAGCCAGACAGAGAGAAAUUGAUGAGAGCAUGCGGUGUUUGGACUGCAGCCCACAAGUCAUUAAUCAUGUCACAUCACAGCGGCGCUGGUCAGUGUAUAAUUAAUCUCUCUUAACAAGAACAGACCAGACAUGGAUAGUUACAGCAGGGUGCUUUUAUCUGAGAAUCUAUUAUGGAUUCUCAUUUUCACUAUGUAUUCACUUACGAAAAUGUAAACGUGUAUUAAAUAUAGUCAUGAAUAUGUCUGAAGUUAAAAGUGGUUACUAGGGUGUUGCUAAGCAGUUGAUAAAGUGUUCUGAGGGGUUGCUAGGUGGAUGCUUGGACAUUCUGAAUGGUUGCAAGGGUGUUGCUAUAUAGUGCUAUAUUGCUAAGUGGUUAUUAUAAUGUUAUAAGUUGGUCCUGAUGCAUUGCUAGGAUGUUGUAGCUAUAAAUAGACAGACAGACAGAUCGACGGACGGAAAGAUGGAUUGCAGGGGAUAUUCCUGAGAGUUUCCCCUCCAAGGAAGGCAAUGUCUCCUCAAAAAAAAAAAAAAAAAAAACUGGACGAGAAAAUAAUUGAUAUUACAAAGAUAAAACAACACAAAUAUUUAAAAAAUGUGACAUUAAAAAGUGUAAGAAUCACUUGUUUUUAUAAAGUAACACUGUCCAACAGCGACAACCACUGGUAAAGUUACAGCUGGAGGCUUGCCUCCCCUGAGCCCAGUAACUUUAAACAGACACCCUAAAGUCGGCACUGAGUUUGGUGGAGGGUAAUUGAGAAUGAAUGGGGGAAAGUCACAUAAGAAGAGGCAAUGCCUCCAUUGCGCUAUGUUUGGAUGUGAUUGGAUAUGAUUGGUUUGUGUGAUAAAUCCCGCCUCUUGAUUUCACACGCGUUCUCGAAUCAACCUAAAUUAAGACGAUGGCGUUAAUGGGAAGACUAAUUUAAAAAAGUAAGUAAACAACUCAGAUAUAACAACUUAGAUAUCACUGCUUUUUAUCACAUCAAAAUCCACAACUUAAAAUGGCCUGAAAACAUGAUGACUGUGGGGGUUUUUAGUGUGCAAUCAGCUUUCAUUUCUGCUUUCAUGUCAUAUUUUCAUGUCUGUGUCUGUGACCAGUGACCAAGAUUGAUGACUGCUGAAAAUAAGCUGACUAUUAAAAAGAAAAGCUGAAUAUUAAUCCACAAAUAAAAUAUAUUGUUUAAAUUGUUACUGCCUUUAGUGAUUAUUUUGGAAUAAAUGUAAAAAUGCAUGAACCUGAUGAAAUGUAUUCUUGGUUUUAAUAAAUAGAACAUUACAUAGUGUGUGUAAAAAUACAAAGUAGAAUUGCUUUUGGUCUCUCUUUUUAUGUAAUGUUUAUUUAACCAGGAAAAUUAAGUGUAAUAGGGACGCAAAUUUACAUUUUAUAUAGGAUUGAUGUGAAGACUUUGCAUCCUCAUUUUAAAACACCACCACACACCACUGAUAGAUAGAUAGAUAGAUAGAUAGAUAGAUAGAUAGAUAGAUAGAUAGAUAGAUAGAUAGAUAGAUAGAUAGAUAGAUAGAUAGAUAGAUAGAUAGAUAGCAGUUUUCACAACAGAACAAAAUCGGUGACAUCUGAUGCAAGCCACAAACCAAUUCCUCAAAUCUUCAAGAUAAACUGAUAGUACUCCUCUAUCAUUUCAGUGACCCUCACCUGUCUGUUGAUGAUGAGUUGAUCUGUAAGUGUGCAGGGUGAAUCGGUGAGCCGUUGAGGUAGUGAUCUUUAAAUAAGCAGGCUCAGGAUUGAUGUGAUAUGUAACCGAUCGGUCCUGGCGGGUAUUGAUGCUGGAUGAUGUAAGGCUCUAGUCAGGUAUAUUCAGCUUUGGUUGAUCUACACUCAUCAAAUGUGUCCAACGGUUAGGCGUGUCCAACGUGUCGUGAUGAAUAUAAAAUCUAUCGUAUGACAGGUAACAGCUGUUUUACAAGGGCGAUCAGACAUCUCUCGCUGUUAAAGGUGAGAAGGUGAGCUGCUGAGGAGAGAUUGGUUACAGCAGUGGCUAUAUGGACCUCCAUUAAAGUUUGAUCCUUAAAAAUCUGACUUCAUUUUAUUGUUGUGUGAUAGCCAAUUCUUUUGUUUCUUGUAUUUUUUUUAUUUAUUUUUUUUUGGUCAUUCUGUGUGUUUCUGGGUGUAUAUCCAAACAAAUGUGUGUGUGAGUGUGUCUGCUUGCGUGUGUGUGUGCGUAGUUGUUUGCGUAGUGUCAGCUCUAGUUUCUCGCCAGCAUAAGGUUACCCAAUGCUGACUUUAAUAGAUUAAGCCACUCUGAACCCAAAUGUAGAACAAGCAACAAGCAGAAACAACAGCCGGACAGGAGACCCCUCUCUCACGAGAGGUCCAAGCACUGUGGAUUCUUCCUCAGUUUGUUGGCCUUCACCUCAAAAUCAUAAUGCAGAGGAGCAUUUGAAAUAUUGAACCAGUGAUUUUGUUCUGGUGAAGGUUGAAUUGGGUGGUAGUGUGAUAUCUGGGGCCACAUGACAGUCCAGGCUGGAAGGAUAGAGGUGGCGCUAGUUGACUUUGACAGUAUGGAGAAUACUGACAACGGUUUGGACAACUUCAAUGACCCAGACUAUCCCAAUGAGAUGACCGCUUUGACGGUAGAAAUGCCAGAGUUUGGGCCUGGCAGCACCUACUGCAAUGCUGCAAAAGUGUCGCCGUUUAAAGAGAAGACCCCACAAAAUUGUGAUGUACCCCAAUCACCUAUCCUUCCCCCUCACACAAGGAGAGGACGUGCUAGCUGUGCUAGUCUAAUUUCCAACUGGAAGUUACUUGUGAACAGCGAAGGAACACAAAGCGAGACAAUCUUCAGUAGACUGGCCAAAGAAUGCUACGAGGACUUGUUUGUUGAUAAGCGAGCCCUUGAUGAUGGUGAUCAGAAGGUCAUCAUUAACAUAGCCGGUCUUCGCUUUGAAACCCGCCUAAGGACCCUCAACCAGUUUCCUGACACUCUUCUGGGUGACCCAAUGAAAAGAAUGGGCUUUUUUGACCCGAUGAGAAACGAGUACUUCUUUGACCGCAAUCGUCCAAGCUUCGAUGGGAUCCUGUACUAUUAUCAGUCGGGGGGCAAGAUUCGCCGACCUGCUAAUGUACCUUUAGAUGUCUUCGCAGAUGAGAUAAUUUUCUACGAGUUAGGACAGGAAGCCAUGGACCAGUUCCGCGAGGAGGAAGGCUUUAUCAAAGACGUGGAGAUCCCGUUGCCAUCCAAUGAGUUCCACAAGCAGUUCUGGCUGCUUUUUGAAUAUCCCGAGAGCUCAAAUGCAGCCCGAGGGGUUGCUCUCGUGUCCAUCUUCGUCAUCGUCAUCUCCAUCAUCAUAUUCUGCUUGGAGACUCUCCCAGAAUUCCGUGAGGACCUGGAGAUUUUUCCAACUGCUGGUUUUUCCCUGAACCAAACGCAUCCCUCGGGUUCUCCAAGCGCCUCUCCCAAAACCAUCACCAGUACCUUCUCCGACCCCUUCUUCAUCAUUGAGACCGCUUGCAUUAUCUGGUUCUUCUUCGAGCUCUUGGUGCGUUUCCUGGUCUGCCCCAGCAAGCAAAAAUUUUUCAACAACAUCAUGAACAUGAUUGACAUCGUCUCCAUUAUUCCCUAUUUUGUCACUUUGAUAACUGAGAUCGUGACCACCACCAAUAAGUCCAACACAGGGCAGAACAUGUCCCUGGCCAUCCUGCGAAUCAUUAGACUGGUUCGAGUCUUCAGGAUUUUCAAGCUUUCCAGACACUCCAAAGGGCUGCAGAUCCUGGGACAGACGCUCAAGGCCAGCAUGAGGGAACUUGGGUUGCUCAUCUUCUUUCUCUUCAUCGGUGUCAUUCUCUUCUCCAGCGCCAUCUAUUUCGCUGAGGUAGACGACCCCAACACCCAGUUUGUUAGCAUCCCUGAUGGAUUCUGGUGGGCAGUAGUUACCAUGACCACUGUGGGUUAUGGAGACAUGUGUCCCAUUACACUAGGCGGUAAGAUUGUGGGCACUCUGUGUGCCAUUGCUGGGGUGUUGACCAUCGCCCUGCCAGUGCCUGUAAUAGUCUCAAAUUUCAACUACUUUUACCAUAGAGAGACAGAGCAGGAGGACAAGCCACCCAUAGCUGAGACAACCGAUCAAGGUUUAAAACCAGGGAACAAUGCAAAACAUGGAAGUAGUUCCUCUCUGAACAAGGCAAAUGGGAACUGGCAGACUGACAAAUCUAAGUAUUAAAACCCAUAUCGAAACUUCAUUUUCAUGAGCGUGAAUCUCAUCAAACAUGUCCAGGUUAUAUUUCACCACAAAGUCAAGAGAUUAUUUUUGCAUAAAGAAAGUCUAUAUUUUGACCAACACAUUCUUAUUCCAGAAAUGCACUAGUCGCUGAUCAUGGCCUAUAGAGGGCGCAGCAGAAUAAGAAAUCUUUGAAGUCCACAUUUACGCUCCGAAUCCGACAGUAAAUGACAAACAAAUGCAUACUCUAAUUAAAAUAAGCUGCUAUGUAUGAGCAAUAAGUAUUUUGACAACAGAUUACAAGGAAUAUUAAUAAUUAAGAUCAACAA